CUUGAUGACAAGCGUGCACAACUGACGUGGGCAGCAGACCUCGAACAAGAUUUUAUCGUGUCGAAGAAGGCUACAAUAACCCAUCCCAUUGGACGUGCGACUGUUACUUGGUUACAAUCGACCAGGGACCCGCAUCCUAUGGGAGUACGGGAAUCAAUCACCAGCGAAUCUAAAGCAAAAGGAGCGAGAAUGCAUCAAACCAAGACAAAACAAGAACGCCAGUGGGAAGCCAAGACAUAA